AUGCCCCCCACUGAAGCAGAAGCACCCCCCAACAUCCCUCCAGGCUACAUCGCCUCCCUCACCGACGCCGAGCGCGCUGAGUUCCGCAAAAUGUUCGCCUCCACCUCCGAAGCUGACCGCGAAGAAAUCCGGAACGGCGAGCCUGGAGAAUGGGAAGCGUUCAGUGAGCUUCACUGGCAACUCGCUUUAUACGACGAAGACGAGGAAGAGAGAGCCCAUUCCAAAUUCGAUCAGAUCGCUCUCCAUGUCCGUCGGAGGUGCCGACCGCUUUCGGCUAUCUUCGAGACUGAGGAGGAGGAGAAGUGA